AUGCAAGUCACUGGACCUCCAAAUCCCGGGGAUAGCGGUACCUUAACCCCAUACACAGAUCCCCACCCUGUACAGCCAAAUGUUGCCGUUCCGGGAAGUAUGACCGUUGGUGGUCGCUCGAGCAAGUUCUUCGGCUGUGCGCUGUGCAACAAGUUCAGGCCAUCGAAGAGGAGUUAUAACGCUGAACGUCACAUUUGGGUGAAACACAUAUCACAAACUGUAGUCGAAGGUUUGAGUGAUUCCGAUCCGCGACCACCAUAUAACGCUGCCAAACAUAAAGCUCUCGUCUACAGACAUCAGAAGAAGUUUUUCAAUGUACAGCCUGAUAUUGAACCAAAUCUUGUGGCACAGCGCAGUUUCUCUCAAGCUGACCAAGUAGCGCGAGGACAGGGGCCUCCUGAGUUCAAACAGCCUGAGCAAAAUCUUUGGGCUGUGCCACCAGAACAGCAAGCACAGCCAACCCAGCCAGUUCCAGAACAAUGGAACGGCUACUACGACAAUCCUGUGGACCCCAGCAUGAAGAAGGGAGAGCAGCCAAGGGAUGCUACUGGUUCAUACUCUGGAGCGUUCUCCUCGUGGGACCCCGUAUACCAAAGGCGCGAGGGCGACUUUGCCAAGGGUAAUGACUUCUCAUCCAAUCAAGGCUACCCACAAUCGACCUCACCACGCUACAACUCUAUGCCCCAACGUGACUAUGCCGGAUGGCCGGCCGACACACAGGCAAGCGGGUACGACCAGUGGGCACCACAACAGGGCAAUUAUCUUGUGCACGAGAAUGGGGCUGCUUUGUCCCAGGGAACACUCCCUCAGGGACCUCAGGGAGCCUAUACACAGCAAACAGGGGCUUAUGGAGGGCCUCAGGCGUUCGCUGGGCAACACCAGGCUUACGGUGGCUAUGGCGUGCAACAGGCAGGGCCCGGCACGACUGGACAGCAACAACCAUACGGAUACAAUCAGCACAUGUACUGAGGAUAAUAUCUAUAUAUAUAUAUUAUAUUCCAGUAUGGUGUUUUUGUGAUGAUAUUGGCCUACACAUAAUGAAGUUGUUUGACUCAUGGUGUAGUCUAGGGAUGCUAGGCGGAUACGCUAGUACGAUGGGACGGGCAUGUGCCAUACGUUAAAUCGUUAUAUCUGGCUUCGCGUCCGCUUAUUCGUACUUAAAUGGUAAAUCCAUUUAAUUCUUGACCAUUUGGAGGGUUCGGUCACAGCUCGCUGACCCUGGUCCGACGUUGUACUAUCGAACCUGUCGACUGCUAUGUGUUUGCUAAAUGGGCACAGCUACUUUGGUUGCGAGGGGCUAGUAAUACCAUAUCACUCGGCUUUAUUUACCAGCGUAUGUAUGAUCCGCCGAUCUUACAGUGAGCACGCCUGUGCGUUGUCAUGUGAUUGAUGUCACAUAUGUACCUUCACAGUGUGAGUGAUAAUUUAUAUCACAUAUUUGCUUCGACUAGUAGUUGUUUAUCGCUUGUGAGUGGUAGAUUAACUAGGGGAUCGGUACACAGUCCCCUGUAAUAUGAAUUUAGACACUUCCGCGUAUCCUCUCGGACAUGAGUUGAGGACGUGUAUACUUCAAAUAAGAAUAACAACUUGCUUUCGGUAUAAGAUUACUGUUACGAGAUUUAGUUUGCUGCUUUCACGUAGCGCCUUCGGGUGGUGGGAGGGGUUUUUAAUAAAAU